ACUCCUUGACUUCCGCCACGACGAGCUCGUCGUCCAGCAUAGUCCCGACAACGACAACCCUCUGCCCAUCGGCAGCGGCGCAUGCUCUGCACGUAACUUCACGACCUAGACGCUGAGAAAGUCAACAUUGGACAUACCCUAUAAGCGGCGUUGAUCAUGUAUUUCCAUCCGUUCGAGGUCAAUGUACCUCAUGUCGUGUACACCUGUCUCGGCGGCUUCGUUGUCAUUUUUGGCAUGGUCUCGCUCUUCCUGCGCGAGAAGCUAUAUAUCGGCGAAGCGAACUGGGCCUUCUUGUUUGGCAUCAUCAUCGGUCCCUAUGGCGCAGGCAUCUUCGACCCCCGAGCAUGGGCAGGCGGCGAUGAAGAGACCACCAACGCUAUCACCCUCGAAUUCACCCGCGUCGUCCUUGCCAUCGGUGUCUUCGCAAUAGGUGUUGAAUUACCAAAGGCUUACAUGGCUCGACACUGGAAGAGCAUCUUCAUGCUACUCGGACCUAUCAUGACAUACGGCUGGUUUGUAUGCGCGGGGCUGAUAUACGCCCUCAUCCCCGGCCUCAACUUCCUCUCCGCGCUCGCCGUAGCCGCAUGUCUGACGCCAACGGAUCCCAUUCUCGCCGCAGCUGUCGUCGGUGGAAAGUACGCCGACAAGCAUGUACCAACACAUAUUCGUCAUCUGCUCGCCGCAGAGUCCGGAUGUAACGACGGAGCCGCCUUCCCCUUCCUCUUCAUCGCCAUUUACCUCACUAUCGACCACAACACCGGCAAGGCGAUAGGCGACUGGUUCCUCAUGCUUUGGGUGUACCAGGUUAUCCUCGGAACGACCAUUGGUAUCUUUAUUGGAUGGGGCUUCCGCCACCUAAUGAAGUUCGGCGAGCGGCACGAUAUGAUCGAUCGCCACUCAUACGUCGCGCAGUACGUCUCGCUCGCCCUUCUGACGGUCGGCGUUGGUACACUGCUCGGUUCAGAUGACCUGCUGGCAUCAUUCGCAUGUGGCGCGGCCUUUGCAUGGGACGGUUUCUUCAAUCGGCAGACUGAGGAGUCGGUGUUCUCCUCCGUUAUCGAUCUGUUGUUCAACAUUGCGGCCUUCGUAUAUGUGGGGGCGUGGAUGCCAUUUGACUCUUUCGCGGACGAUACACUUACGCUGUCGGUCUGGCGGUUGAUUGUCAUUGCUAUCCUCAUCCUGCUCCUUCGCCGCCUUCCGGCUAUCGUUGCGCUUUACCGUUGGAUUCCGGACAUCAAGACUUUCCGCGAAGCUGUCUUCACCGGGCACUUCGGUCCCAUGGGCAUUGGGGCUGUCUUCAUUUCCACGCUUGCCGCAGAAAUCCUCAGCGAACACUCGGAAGACUCCGAACAAAUUGCUCUACUCGCCGACUCCAUCCAACCCAUUGUAGCCUUCAUCGUACUGUGCUCUAUCGUCGUGCAUGGCCUGUCAAUUCCCGGCUUUUCGCUCGGUCGUCGCGUACACUCCGUCAGUCGUACGUGGUCACGGCACGCCAACGCGCCUGAGUGGACAACGCAGGCCCGCCAUGUCAACAGAGGCGAGGAUGUUGUUAUCAACCGCGACACGGACGAUGCCAUGGAGCGCGGGGAAUUGGAGAAGGAGGCAGACAGCGAGCCUAGCUCGGCGACGCGCACGACCGCGGGCGAGCCAGAGAAGGGUCCUCCGACCCCGGAGAUGCCGCCCGACGGCGAUGAUGUACUUUCGGAGUGGCAAGAAGGGAGGGAUACGGUCAUUGAACGGCGCGCGGGGCCGGGCGAAGAGGUCGAAGUCGAGGUCAUCCGUAACGACAACGACACGGAGUCAAUCAGGAGUAAGUUCCGCACGACCCGCCGCGAUGCCCCCAAGGUGGCGAAGGAGUACAUGCAUCGGAUGCAUCAUGCGCAAGAGCACGCAGGUCAAGAAGCGGCGGCUGCGGCGGCGCACGUGAAGGCGGAGAUCGAGGAAGAAGGCAGGCAAGCGGAGCAAGCAGCGAAGCACGCAGAGGUCAAGGCGGAGGACUUUGGGCAUAAGAUUGCCGAGGCCGUCGCCCCCGACCAUGCCGCCCGCUCACCGAGUCCACGAUCGCGUUCGCCCUCUGAGUCCGAAGCGGACGACGAAGAAGCCUGGGCUUCCGACGAGCCAGCAGGCGACAACUCGCAGCCGCGCUCGCGAAGCUCACGCACUAAGGGGAAGGCCCUCGCGAGCAUGGCGCGCAAGGGCAAGCGGCGGAGCGGCAUGAAGCACGCGCACCACGAAAGUCUCGGCUCGCUGCGCCAUCCGCGGCUUGAGCAGGUGCGCUCGAGCGGGACGCACGGCGGCGGGCGCGAGGCCAGUCCUGUGCGCUCCAUACGCUUCGCCGAUGAGGAUGCGGCGGCGGGACGGAGAGGCUCGGUCGCGGGGAGCAGUAUGACGGGUGGGGACUCCGAGCCGCAGAGUCCGACGAGCAUGCGGAACUCGGGCACGGGGAACCACAUUUCCUUCGACCUGCCACCCGAGGGGUCUGCGAAGGCAGGGGCAUCUUGAGCGACGGUGGUUGGAGCGAUGCUUUUGGAGUAAUGGAGAGGGGAGGAUGCACGGACGAUUGAAUGACGCGACGACAAUGCGCAACCGCUACACGAUGACUGCGACGCCCCGGUAUGCAUAGCACAGCAAAGGCUGACGUGCUUAUCCGCUGCCUGGCUGGCGCGCUCACCUACCUAGCGCGCUUACCUGCUAUCAAAGCUAUGCUGUAGUAACCUACCUCACCGCCAUACCGAUACACGCGCGCACAUACCUAGGCGUUGCACAUACACUCCACACAUCCUAUGGCCGCACGAGAGGGUCACUUCAUUGUAUUUACAGUUUUUGCUGCGCUAUCCUUUUUCUGCAAUUCAGUGAUUGUCAGAA